GGCAGUGGUCAGAGACUCAGGCCAAGCUGGGUCAUGUGGAGAUGGAAUCGGGGUUGGGGUGGGACCAUGCAAGGCACAGGUAGAGAAACUGUUCAAACAUCUCCAUGAGCGGUACCAAUGCCACUAUGAGGUAGACGCAUGUAAGCUCCAGACGCUGCUGCAGAGAAGUACCCUAGGUUCGAAGGAUGUGAGGGUUUACUGCGAGGCAGGGUUUGCAGUGGUGGUUGGAGAGGAGGCUGAGGUACAGGCCAAACUGAAGGAGUUGGAGGCCUUCCAGGCUCAGGGUCUGAGUUCAGGGAAGCAGGAGAAGAUCAGCACCACUUGUCGUCUGGAACCGGCCAAGCUCCGUCUUCUAGGGGAAGUUAUAGAGAAGGAUCUAGGUGAGGCUGUUCCUGGAGUGAGAGUGAUGCGCGGUGACUCAGCUCAGCUGGUGCUGGAGGGUUCAGCAAGUGAAGUCCGGACAGCCAGACAGUUAGUUAUAGAUAAGAUCUCUCUGGUGCUGGAGCGGGUGGUGCCUGAGGUGUCCCUCCACCUCCUGUCCUUCUUGAGGCAGGAGUAUGGGAGGCCUGAGCACCUGAGCAGCCUGCUGGGGUUUGGAUGCCAUGUGAAAGUAGAGCUGGGGGACACAGAGCUCCGUCUGUUCGCCCUCUCCUCCUAUAAACUGGACCAGGCUGAGAAAGAUCUGCUGGGGGAGUUUGGGGAGGAGAAGAUCGACUUGCCCAACAGUGCUGCCAUCCCGGCUGAACUGAGGUCCAAGCUUGAGAAGAAGGUGAAGGAGAUGAACCAGAGCAGGUGCAGGGUGGUGGCCAGGUACAGUCCUGGGUGUAGAGUGCAGCUGCUGGGCCACCUGAAGCAGGUUCAGGAGCUGAGGGAGGAGAUCGGGGCCUUUCUCAUAGACCGGUCCAGUGUAAGAGUCGUGGGACGCCCUCAACAGAACCAUGGUGGCAUAGUCGGUGAAGCGGGCCCCGGACCAAGACGUGAGGAGAUGGUCGCAGCCACCAGCUAUCACCUCCAGGGGGGAUUGCAGGUAGUGGUUUGUCAGGGUGACAUCACCAAGGAAUGGGCGGACGCGCUGGUGAACGCAGCCAAUGAGGAUCUGGAUCACGCUGGGGGCGUGGCUGCAGCUCUGAGCCGGGCGGGGGGACCUGAGGUACAGCGGGCCAGCAGGGAUCUGGUUAGGCAGAUAGGGAGAGUACCCACAGGUACAGUAGUAGAGACUACAGGAGGGAAUCUGCCUUGUAAGAUGCUGCUGCAUGCGGUGGGACCAGUAGGGGGCAGCGUAGGUGGGAAUGAGCGCCCUCUGCUGGAGAAGACAGUAAAGGCAGCCCUGGAUCUGGCAGAGACCAUGGAGCUCCAGACCCUGGCCAUGCCCUGCAUCAGCUCAGGGAUAUUCAGCGUUCCUCUGAAGGUGUGCUCAGAGGCCAUAGUCUCUGCAGUGAGGGACUUUGGGAGGGAACAGCGCAUCCUUACCAAGGUCACUCUGAUUGAUGUGAGUGGAGAGGCAGUGAAAGCCAUGCAGGAGGCCUGUGAUAGGCUGUUUCAGGGGAAGAGGGAGUUUUCUGGGUGGGAGGGAGAGUCUAGCACCACCACUACCACUACACAUGCUCCUCAGAGAGACACCACUUCUGCCUCCACCAGGGGAGCAGCGGCUCCAGAGGUCUGUGUCCAGCUGGAGAUCAUCCAGGGAACCAUAGAGAAGCAGAAGGUGGAUGCCCUGGUGUCCCCCAUGGUUGGUAGUGACCCUCUCUCCUCCCGUGUUGGUAAUGUCUUGUCGGAGGCAGCUGGACCGGGACUGAUGAAAGCAUUUCUGAGGGAAUCAGGGGGACAGACUGCACCUGGUGACAAUGUCCUGGUGGAGGGACUGACUGGUCUCAGCUCUGGCCGUGUCUUCUUCCUCAGCUGUGCACAAUGGGACAACAACCCCCAAGGACCAGCAGUACAAGUUCUGAGGCAAGGUGUGAGGAAAAUCCUGACCUCUUGUGAGAACCGGGGCUUCUGUUCCGUUGCCUUCCCUGUAGUUGAAACUGGUGUGGUUCUCCGGUUUCCUCAGAACGUGGCAACGCGGGUUCUGCUAGAAGAGGUGCGUCGGUAUGAACAGAAUCGAGCGAGCAAAAGUCCCUUCCUUGUCCACAUCAUCGUCCAUCCCAAUGACAGAGAUUCUACCAAGGCUUUUCAGACUGCCCAGAAUGCUUUGCCCAGAAUGGGCACUCGUCCAGAGCAAGACAUCAGGAUUGUGCUGCUGGGGAAAUCCGGAGGAGGUAAAAGCAGUGCUGGAAACACAAUCUUCGGACAAGGCGAUGUGUUCCUUGCGGACAGUAACUCCACUUCCGCAACACAGAUAUGUAAAGCGCAGACCAAGAACAUCAAAGGAAGAAACAUCACCUUGAUUGACACACCUGGAUUAUUUGACACUGACAUCCCUAAAGAGAACCUCAAACCUAUAAUAGUCAAAUGUAUAACAGAGUGUGCUCCGGGGCCGCAUGCCUUUCUCAUUGUACUGAAAGUGGAACGGUACACAGUCCACGAGAAAGAAGCCGUAGCGAAUAUUGAGAAAUAUUUUUCACCAGAGGCCUUCAAAUAUGCCACAGUCCUCUUCACUCAUGGUGAACAACUCAAUGGUUUGACCAUUGAGAAGUUUGUCCAACAGAAUGCUGAACUGAACAAGCUUGUGGAGAAAUGUGGAGGCCGCUAUCACGUAAUCGACAACAAAUACUGGAACACCAGUCAGCAGGGUCAGCACAGCAACCAGUACCAAGUAGCAGAGCUACUCAACACCAUAGAGAAGAUGGUGAGAGAGAACGGAGGAGGAUGCUACACCAACGAGAUGCUCCAAGAGGCAGAGAGAGAAAUACAGGCAGAGAUAGAAAGUCUUAGAAAGGAGUCAAAGGACCAGAUGUUAGAGGAAGAGAUGAGAAAACAGGCUAAAGAAAGUGUGUGGAAGAAAUGCCUGAUCAAACUCUCAGGGAUUACAGCAGGUGUAGUGGUAGGAGCGUUCCUUGGGGUGGCACUGGGGUCAGGGAUCCCACUCACACUCGCUACAAAACCACUGGUUCAUUUAGGUAUACGUCAGAUGGCAGCUUCAAUGAAAACAGUGCAAACAGUCAUGGAGACAGCGGCAGGACCAGUGCUUGCAGGAGAGACAGGGGCGCUCAUGGGAAUGGUUUCAGGUAUAGGCAUAGGAGCAUGGGUACGCAUAGGUGCAAGAGCAACAGCAGGAGCGGUAAGAGGAGGGAUAGUAGGAGCUACUGUAGCAGAGGAGGCAGAGACAGUACAGGAGGCAGCAGAGAAAGCAGCUAGUGCUGUCUACAAGGAAGCUAAGGGUCUUUAUGACCAAGCAGGCUCUAAGUAG